CUUUUUAUUGUAAAAUUACGUGGCUGAAAAAAGUCAAAAAAUCAAAAAAUGUUGAAAUACAGCAUAUUUUUUCUUAUUUUAAACUGUAUUUGUCAAAGUUAUGGAUAUUUUAUCACUGUGGAUGCACAUGCCGAAGAAUGUUUCCAUGAUCGAGUAGAAACCGGCACCAAAAUGGGUUUGAUGUUCGAAAUUGCUGAAGGUGGAUUUUUGGAUAUAGAUGUACGUAUAAUUGGUCCCGAUCAAAAGAUUAUAUACCAAGGGGAACGUGAGACAUCUGGAAAAUAUACUUUUGCUGCUCAUGCAACGGGAGUUUAUACUUAUUGUUUCUCAAAUCAAAUGUCUACCAUGACUCCAAAGGUUGUUAUGUUUAAUUUGGAAGUCGGUGAUGCACCGAAAGAGGCUGAAGCUGCAGCUGCUGAUGGUGACGCACAAAGUAAUCAUUCAAAACUCGAAGAAAUGAUAAAACAAUUAUCCGGCCAAUUGACUGGUGUGAAACACGAACAAGAAUACAUGCAAGUACGUGAUCGUAUUCAUCGUGCCAUUAACGAAAAUACAAAUUCACGUGUUGUGAUGUGGUCAUUCUUUGAAGCUGCUGUGCUUGUUGCAAUGACCGUUGGUCAAGUAUACUAUCUUAAACGAUUUUUCGAAGUACGAAGGGUAGUGUGAAUUAUUUUUUAGUGUGCAAUAUUUGUACGAAUAUCAAAUCCUUUUGUAAAUUAUUUAAUAAAAUUGUUUUCAUAAUUUUUA